GGAAGUUGGUCAGUUCGCUCUCGGUAUGUCCUCCAAAGAAGAUCUUGCUAUUCUUAACAGUGUUUUCAACCCCUUGUCACCACUGGGGGAAGGGAUAUUCGACCACGUCGCUCCCGAAGAAUUAAAAGAUGAAGACGACUCUUCUGCCAGUGUGUCUGAAGCCAAACGACUGGAACUGGAAGCGGUAAGAAGUGCAGAAUCUGGCGAUGUAACAUCAGCCAUACGGAUCUUCGGGGAAGCCAUCGAUUUAGCACCGAAUAGACCUUCCGGUUAUAACAACAGAGCUCAAGCAUACAGGCUCAAGGGAGAAAUUUUUGCUGCCCUGAAAGAUUUGGAUACUGCUAUCAAACUCGGUUCUGGAAAAGGAAGAUCAACAUGUUUGGCUUACUGUCAGAGGGCACUCAUAUACCGUUUUCAAGGCAAAACAGAAAUGGCUCUAGAAGAUUUCAAAAAGGCGGCUAGUUUGGGCAGCAGUUUUGCGCGCUCCCAAAUGGUCCAGAUGAAUCCUUAUGCUGCACUUUGCAACCAGAUGCUAUCCAAAGUGAUGGAGCAAUACCAGAAAGGCAUGUCAUAAACUGCUUCCAAAAAAUAACGCUGUUCAGACAACAGGUUAAGAGAAAGAUAGUUUUUUAAAUCGAAAAAUUUUUUUUUUUUGAUUCAUUGCAGGGUGUAAGUAAAAGUAAAGCAAGUUUCCAAGUUCGAAGCAAUUGUUGUUUAAGAGGUAGAUUUCAUACAAGUUGAGAAAAAUAAACACAAUUUUUGAUUUUACUCUAGUCUUAAAGAUUGCUGCUGUUCAGGUUAUAGAGAUUUCGUUUUCCUAAGUGUUAAAAAACCAGCUCUUUUUUAAACUCCACGAUGUGACGCU